AUGCCGACCGCGCUUCAUCCGCAAGCCAAGUUCGACCCGAUUCCCCCCGACCUUGAUCUGCAGGGCCUGGUUGAGCGAACGCGAAACUUCAGAUGGGUACAGCGAGUAUCCCGGUCGCAAAUCCGCAACUUGGGGUCGCAGGAGUUUGAGAAGCUUGUCCAAAUUCACGUCAUCGCCGGUGGGAAACCUCUGGUCAUCGACGGCUGGGACGCUGCGCUGCCCAAAUGGCUGUUCGACGUCGACUGGCUGGAGAAGACGUACGACAAGAAGCAGGAGAAUGUUCGUGACAUCUCGGCUGCGACCGAUAUCCCAAUGACAACAGGCCACUAUCUGCGAUCCAUGAAACAGCUCACGAACCAGUGGACGCCCCAUACCUAUCGCGAUGAACGUCGACAGCGGCUCUAUCUCAAAGACAUUGACUGCCCUCUGGAGUGGCGCGACUCUUUGCAAAAAGUCAUCCACCCUAGUCUUUUCUACCUCAACGAAAACGUAAACGCGACCGGCGGCGCGGGCGAUCUUAUGUCUAGCCUUCCCGAGGACAUGCGCGCCGAGAACCUCAUGUGCUACAUCGGUCACGAAGGCACCUUUACCCCCGCGCACCGCGAAAUGUGCGCCUCACUGGGUCAAAACAUCAUGGUUGAGGCAUCUGUCGACGGCGCCGGGGAGAAGGCCGGGAGCUCCAUCUGGUUCAUGACGGAGAGCAAAGACCGCGAGGUGGUGCGAGAGUACUUCUUGUCCAUGCUUGGCCACGACAUCGAGAUUGAGAAGCAUUUUGCCCAAAUCAACGCUUGGAAAAAGGCCCCCUUCGACGUGUACAUUGUCGAGCAGCGCGUUGGAGACUUUAUCCUCAUUCCCCCGCUGGCUGCUCAUCAGGUGUGGAACCGGGGCACGCGGACCAUGAAGGUUGCGUGGAAUCGCACGACCGUGGAGACUCUCGACCUCGCAUUACACGAGGCGCUCCCAAAGGCGAGGCUCGUUUGCCGUGACGAGCAGUACAGGAACAAGGCCAUUAUUUACUUCACCCUGCAGAAGUACUGUCACGAGAUUGUCAGAAACUCUCCCCGAGCCAGGCAGCUAGCUGGCGACUUCAAGCGACUGUUUGGCCUCUUCACCGAGGUCCUCGUCGACGAGACUUUUGCUUUCAAGGAAAAAGACGUCGAGUUCCUCCCCUUUGAUUCCUGCGUUACUUGUUCCUACUGCCGGUCCAACAUCUUCAACCGCUUCUUGACCUGCAAGCACUGCGUGCGCACUCUUGCCAAUGGAGACGAGGACGCCUAUGACUGGCCUUGGUCGGGGCUGGUCGACAGAUACGAGACCUGGCGGUCCAUGGUUAUUGCAAACGACGGAUUCAUCGAUAUUCAGAUUUCCCCCCAGCCUUUCGAAGUGGCUCGCCUUAAGUCGGGGAAGAAGACUGUGGCACAAAUUUGCCAAGAGGCUCUCAGGAGGCGCCCCUGGAAAGACAUUACCAAGCAAGAUCGCGAGAAGACACCAAGCGACUCUGAGCCAGGAGAUGGCGACGAAAAAGCCAAGAAGAAGCCCAAGAGAAAGAAGAAGAAGGGCGAGGUCCGCAGAUGCCACGUGUGCUGUCACAAGGACUACAGCUACAGAGUGCACCAAUGCACAAACCCGGCGUGUUCCGAAGGGUACUGCUACGGUGUUCUUUACAGGGCCUUCGACAUGAUGCCGCAGAAAGUCCUCGAGGACGAAUACUGGCAGUGUCCAAAGUGCCUGGGGAUAUGCAGCUGUGGCGCCUGCCGCCGUUCGGGCAACACCAACGCCUAUACUCCCAAGAGCACACUUCUUGGCCACGACACUCGACCCAUUGCAGACGACCGGAGCGUGGAAGCGCUCGUCGACUUUCGAGUCCACAACCUCUCGUGGCUCAAGGCUGUGGGAGAAGAAAGCCGAAGCAAGGACAGCCGGCGAAUGCAGCGCUUGCGGGAGCAAGCCGACAGCGCCAAGGCGCAAGACUUGACGCACCAGGUGGAGGCUCAGCAUACGACGCAUGACGGCGCAGUGGCCGCUGCUACUUCCGGAUUCGCCACAGCUGAGAGACACGCUGUGAAUGGGUACGGAGAUCAGAGCGAGGUCGUCCAGCAGCGACAAUCGACCGGAGAGGAGGAUGACUCCCGCAGAGAGGCGAACGGCGUAGAAAACGAAACAGCUCUGACCGAGAAUAUCACAGGCGCGGUGGAAGAGACUGGUGAUCUAGGCACGUCAUCAUACCCUGACCCAUCCGUCUUCAUCCGCCAGAGGAUCGGCAUGGGCUAUUACGAACAGGACGACACGCCGGACAAAAUUCUUUUCGAUCCUUAUCAAGUCCCUUCUGCGGACGUGAUGAAGCUUCCCGAGUCCGACGUACCCGAGUUCGUGAAGAAGUCGAUUAGGGCGGCGAAAAGGAAGGCCAGGCGAGAAAACGAGGACCCGGAAUUCGUGAUUGGAAGAAGUCACCACAAGAAGCCUCGCCUCACCCAGCAGCCUGACCUACUUGACAACAUGGACCCUGCGCUUUUUGACGGGAGCGACGUGCAAGAGGCUGCCACGAAUGAGCCGCGGGAGGCACCAGAGGCUCAACUUCUUCAGGCGCCGGAAACGUUGCAGGACAAACCGGAACGGGCCCCUCAACGACGUCAAACCAUGCCAGUCUUUGAUGCCAAUGAGCCCAUUCUACGACAUGCAAGGCCAAAGGCGUCGUAUGUGGAAGUGGAGGAUGCAGAUCUAGAGGAGUUCGAGGAGGAGAACCCGGGCCCUCGUGCCUUGCCGUCGACCGAGCGUCCAGUUGCCACCAGUGGAAGCGAAUUUGGCACCGGCUCCCAAGAGACGAGGGCGACCGCCGAAGCGCAAGUCGACGACGGCAGUGGAAGAAGAGGCAAUCACUACAAUCCCGCAUACGGCAUCCGCGGAGGUAGCAACGGUCAAGAGAGGCAGAGGACGGCCGAGGAAGUCGAACCGAACCUUUCCAAGACAGACUCAACCCCUCCUGUUGAACCAACCCCGCAGCCCAAGAGGCGAAGAGGCCGUCCGAGGCGAUCCGAGGUCUCGAAGCAGAACGCAUCUGAGGAAGUGCCCGCCAAGCAGAAGUUCAUGUCCAUGUCUGAACGAAUGGCACUUCGGGGCAAAUCGUUCAAGAUUGGCAAGCGAAAGUCUCGAGGCGGCGCCUCUGCGACUGUGUCGAAAAGCAUGACGCCCGACGAAAACGGGGACGACGCUCUGUCAACAAUCGGUAUCCGGCAGCAGUCGCCCAAGGACGAGAGAGGCGAGGUCGACCGAUCUCGCUCCCGAUCAGCGGAUGCUGAGGCGAACCAAUACUCGCCGUCGGAAACGUCGCCGGGCCCACGAGCCAGUGGACGUGGCCUCGGAGCCAAGAGAGAAAGCGCGACGAUGAGCGGACCCACGGUGGGGGGCUCCGAGGGGGCAAAGGGGCUUUAG